UGUUAUUAUUUUCAGCCGGAGACAUUGCGUGUUCUUUUGGGCCCAAAUCACGCUUUAGUUUUGGCAUAAUGAUUGUCUGACAAUCCCUUGAGUGCAAUCUUAGUCUCUUACACAGGAAAUCAACAUUUUGGUGCAGCCACACGAUCAGCUGUACUGUAAUCUAAUUAGUGCAAUUACUGCUUACGAAAUGUCUACGUCUGCAAUUGCAAUAAAUGGAGCAAUAUCCGUGGGCGCGUACUUUAUUACGGUGCGCAUGAUUCCCCGCCUCCGUGAGAUGUUCAUCAAGGCAAACUUGUGCGGCAAGGAUCUGUGCAAGCGGGACAAGCCACAGGUUCCCGAAUCUUAUGGCGUGAUUAUUGGCUGCGUUUUCUUGAUCUCAAUGUUUCUCUUUAUACCCAUACCAUUUGCCUUCGAUGAGGAUGCAGCCACGGAUGCAGUUACUGGCGGCAAACCGAUCACUUUUCCACAUGACAAGUUUGUGGAAUUGAUUGCCGCCUUGUUAUCAAUAUGUUGCAUGAUAUUUCUUGGCUUCGCCGACGAUGUGCUAGACCUGCGCUGGCGGAACAAGCUUCUGCUUCCAACGAUAGCGACUCUGCCCCUCCUAAUGGUUUACUAUGUCAACUACAAUUCUACCACCGUCAUGAUGCCCAAUUUUGCGCGUGGUUUCUUUGGCACAUCUGUUAACAUUGGCAUUUUCUACUACAUUUUCAUGGGCAAAUUGGCCGUGUUCUGCACGAAUGCCAUCAAUAUACUCGCUGGCAUCAAUGGCCUGGAAGUGGGCCAAUCUCUUAUUAUAGCCGGCUCAGUAAUUGUCUUCAACUUCAUAGAGCUGUUUCUGGGUCAUCAAGUGGAAUCGCAUCAGUUUUCUCUAUAUUUUAUGAUACCAUUCUUUGCUACCUCGCUGGCCUUAUGGAAAUUCAAUAGGUAUCCAUCGCAAGUGUUUGUGGGCGAUACUUAUUGCUACUUUGCCGGCAUGUCCUUUGCCGUCGUUGGUAUUUUGGGUCAUUUUAGCAAAACUCUGUUGCUCUUCUUUCUGCCACAGAUUCUGAACUUCUUGUACUCGACGCCGCAGUUAUUUCACUUUGUGCCCUGCCCAAGACAUCGACUGCCCAAAUACGAUGCCAAAUCGGAUUUGCUCCACAUCAGCACCACAGAAUUUCGCAUGAGCGAACUGAGCAGCCUGGGCCGGCUAAUGGUGAUAGUGUUGCGAGCAUUGCGCGUCAUCAGCUGGCAGGAACAGGCCGACGGACGAGUUGUGACCAACAAUUUUACACUAAUCAAUUUUUUGCUGGUCGUCUUUGGACCUGUGCAUGAACGUGUGGCCACCGAAAUGCUAAUGGGCUUCCAGGUGCUGUGCUCACUCCUAGCCCUCUUUAUACGAUAUCCGCUGGCCAAUUUCUUUUACGCAACACAGUCAUCAAUCUGAAAUG